AUCUAGGGAGUGGGUUGUUGACCUUCACAUUAAUGAUGAUAAAUAUAAUGAUCCUCCUAUAAAGUUAAUACACAUAUUACCCAAUGAAGCUGUAAAAAAAUCAUUAGAAGGUAAGAAAAUCUUUGCAGAUCCAGCUGUCAAGCACAAAAGGCCUAUAGGUUAUAAUGAACCCCUCCUAUCAUCUGAUGUUAAA